CACAGAGCUUCGCGGAGACUCGGCUCGCUGAUUGCUUUAGCGGAGGACGUCUGUUUACGAGUCAAUCGACCCAACGAUGUCGCACGUGGGAAGCGAACCCAGCGCCCUGGCCUACUUCGGCAGCGAUGGCUCCUCUGCGGCUGGAGGUUCCAUGGGAGAGAAGUACACGAAUCCCUAUGGCAACUAUACCGUAGUGGACACUGUGCCUGAGGACAUGCUACACCUCAUCCACCCUCACUGGUAUCAGUUCCCUCCCCUUAACCCCCUGUGGUAUGCUCUGGUUAGCAUGUUCGUCUUCCUCUGCGCCUCCCUGUCCCUCACCGGUAAUUUCACUGUGAUGUACAUCUUCAGUACCACAAAAUCCCUGCGCACGCCCGCCAACUACUACGUGGUAAAUCUCGCUUUCUCGGACUUCAUGCUCAUGUUCUGCAUGUGUCCCCCACUCAUCAUCAACAGCUAUUACAACACGUGGGUCUUCGGACCGACGGCGUGCUGGAUCUACGCUGCCAUUGGGUCCCUCACCGGCUGCUGCUCCAUCUACACCAUGAUCGCCAUCACUUUGGACAGAUACAAUGUCAUCGUAAAGGGUAUUGGCGGAAAACCUCUCACUACUGGUCGCGCAAUGAUCAACAUCUUGCUCUGCUGGCUCACGUCCGCCUUCUGGACAUUCGUGCCUUUCUUCGGCUGGGGGAAGUACACCCCCGAGGGCAACAUGACCGCUUGUGGAACCGACUACUUCUCCAAGGAUAUCAGCAACUUGACUUACCUCUACUUGUACACAUUCUGGUGUUAUCUCUUGCCUUUCUUCGUCAUUGUUUAUUUCUACGCUUACAUCGUGAAGGCGGUGUCAGAGCAUGAAAAGCAGAUGAAGGAACAGGCUGCUAGGAUGGGUGUCAAGAGCCUACGCGGUGACAAGGACUCUCAGAAGAAGUCCAGUGACUGCAAACUGGCCAAGAUCGCUCUCAUGACCGUGGCUCUCUGGUUCAUGGCCUGGACCCCCUACGCGAUCAUCAACAUGGCGGGUUUCAACUACCCAUCCAUCGUGACGCCUCUCUUCUCCAUCUGGGGAUCCGUCUUCGCCAAGGCCAACACCGUCUACAACCCCAUCGUCUACGCCAUCAGCCAUCCCAAGUACAAGUCGGCCCUCUAUGACAAGAUGCCCUGGCUGCGCUGCCAGGGCGAGCCCGCCGAAGACGACUCCAAGUCCUCCGUCUCGAACUCGACUUGUGCCGAGGAUAAGGCUUAAUCUUCGUCUGCGUCUCCGAAAGCUCCGACUCCACGCCCUCGUUACGCACAUAACGGGUUUGGAGGCCCUCGAAUAUUAGUGUGGGCUUUUGUUACAUGCUAAUAUGUAUCUCGACGCGAAGUGAUUCACGAAUAACUCACGACGGACCUUUCAUUGUCAUGUUAGUCAGCAUGAAACAUACCCUUGUCACCAUGUCUGCAGACUCCCUCUCCAUUCAAUAAACCGUUGCAAGUUUA